UGGUAAUAUUAUCGUUCAGACAUAUUGUAUCUAUUUAAACUUAAUGUGUGUACAUCAAACAUGGAGAGGGUCAUUUAUUUUAUAACAACUAUGAUAUAUACCGUCAGGAAGCCAGUGAUUUACCAUUCAGAUAACGGAAAAAACCUCAAGGCCUUAAAUCAACGUACAACUUGUUAAAGGUUGGGACCCUUGUAAGCAGGAAAGGAAAGGACGGAACAUUUCUGGUAUGAAGUAGCAUUUGGAAAGCAAAUAAUUCGAUAACUCCAACAACUUAUAUUUUCAAAUAUAAUGGUGAAGGAACUCUUUCUCAUGCGCUUCAAAGAGCAAAGGAUGCCCAUAAGGGACAGAUAGUAGCUUCUGAACCAGUUAAAAUUCAAGAGGAAACUACAAAACUCGAAGGUGAAACUAGAUAUGAUGACACAUCAUCACAUAUAAAUCUGCCCGACCUCACCAACAGCAGUUACUACGGUAUGGGUGUAGAGGAAGCAUGGUCUCAAGGUUACACGGGCAAGGGCGUCACCAUAGCAACUAUGGAUGUAGGAAUAGAUACACAUUUACUGGACUUGGAAAGAAAUAUUAAUCAAGAAUGGAGUUAUAAUUUCGUGCAGGACAACACUGAUGUGACUGCUGAACACUUUCAUUUUGACCACCCAGUACUGGGCCAUGGGAAUAACAUUGCAAGCGUACUUGCAGCUGAGAAGGGCAACAGCAUCUGCAGCGCAGGAAUAGCAUAUAAUGCAACCAUUGUUGUGCUAAAAGUGUUUCAGGUUAUUCUAUCCGAUCACAAUGUUAUUCAGCACUGGACUGCAUCAGACAUUAUCGCAAGGGCUAUGAUAUACAAGCUUGUUGAUAUUGACAUAUCAGUGAUGGCAUGGUCGUUUGUUUCGCCUUUUCAAAGAUUAGACUUGGCAACAAGGGAGGGUUUAACAUAUGGAGCUGAAACAGGCAGACGUGGACUUGGUAAAAUAUAUGUAGUAUCAGCAGGACCAAGCGGGAACGAGUUGACAAACAAUAUCUAUACCAUCACCGUAAAUGGCAUCGGCAGACAUGGAACUCUUCCGCAACAUAUUUGCGGUGAUACAAGCGUGCUCGUAUCUGGGCUUUCAGAUGGAAAUACUCUUACAUCUACCUACAUGGUCACAACUACUGUUAACAACGAAUGUACUGCUCGGUUUAAAGGAGUGUCAGCCGCCACGUCCCAAGUAGCAGCAAUUAUUGGUCUCGCUCUCCAGGCAAACCCAAGUUUAAUGCUGCGCGAUAUUCAACACCUCUUAGUACAAUCAGCCGAGUACAAGGGACUAGACGAGACUGAUGCCUUCUCUCGUAAUGGGGCGGGGAGGUUUUAUCAUCGAUUCUUUGGAUUUGGACUUCUAAAUGCUACAAAACUUGUGACACUUGCUAAGAAGCGACAGAAAGCACCAGUACUAUUAAAUGCAAAGCUUGAACAAACAGCUGAAAGAAUUUCAGAAGACGGACACUCGUCAGAGUACAAGUUUUGUCACUGUUGUAAUGCUUCGAGUAAGCAACCAUGUUUAACAGUAAUUGAACAUGUUGUCAUAUCUUUGGUAUUCGAAACGUAUACAAGGCAACUUAAUAUGGAUCUGACGUCACCGUCUGGAACUCGGUCCAAAUUAAUGAGAGAAUCUAAGCGAUUGGAUGGGACGACAAUAGGACAGCUGGUAUCCGUACAUUUUUGGGAUGAAUUAGCAAUCGGCGAAUGGACGUUUAACUUUCACAGCAUACCUUCAUUGAGAAGUUGUUCACAGACAAACGUCUCCAGAGUAUCAGUGACAUUAUAUGGAACAAACGCAAUCCAGCAGGAUGUCAAAGGUCACAGCUGUGACUACAGCUGUCGUGAUAAUGUUGAAUAUGAAAACAAACGCCCAAAACAACAACCAGAUCAGCCUCGCACUUUUCUAUUUUUUUCCAAUAACAUAGCUGCGGAUAGGAUUUUAUACUUAGUAAUUGUGUUUGGUUCUCUUGGAAUAGCUAUUGUUUUAACUAAAUUUAUAUAAACUUGUCUUACAAUGUAUUCUAACUGGGUGAUUUGGCUGAACUAGCAGCACACAACUCAGUUUUCUGGCCCCACAAAAAAGUUACUUUUGAACAUUUUAUGUAAUAGAUAAUGACCUUUGCUUUGUCGUUUGCAACUUCUUUGUUUUGGUUUAGAUGAACAUGGGUCAUCAAUGGUCACCACAGAAAAGUCAUCAGCCGAGAAAUCUUCACAGAAUCUCAAAUGGUGUUCGUUCUUUGACUUGUUCACUGUUCAAACAUUAAAAUUGUGUGUCUGGAAUAGGGCUCGAUUAGGGACGGGUUACUAAAUAUUCUAUGACUUUGGUGUUAGCCAUUAAUAUGUCCCGCCACCUGACAAUGAUUUGUUAUUAAAAAGGUUUAGCAGCAUGUAUGUCUAGCAUCAACUUAACACAUAAGCAAUUAUUAAAGUAACACAUUGGAUAUUGUUACUUAAAGGCAUACAUUUUGGUAGUGGGCAGGGAUUUCUGUUUUUAUUUUCACAGUUGCGGGCUAAUAACUUUCGCAGUAUGGUUCUAAUAAUCAAAGGUCAUUGAUUUUUGGAAAGUCAGCCAAUCUUAUAUCUGUCAGAAGAGAAAACAGUGUAGUUUAACAUAAAACGAUCUCUAUUGUGUUCAAAUAUGGGCACUAGGAACCUUUUAAGGGCCGCUAGAUAUUAACCUAGAACAAUUUUAGCAUAUUAAACAGCUUGAUGGAACCUCAUCAAAUUUGGCCUCGCAUCAUUGUAAGGUCCUCUCACAAGUUUGUUAAAAAAUAUGCACUGGAGCCGUUUACUGGUCGCUAAAACUAAAUAUAGAAAAUCUAUAAACAACUUCAUCUCAUAAACAGCUUCAUGUAUUUUCAUCAAGCUUGGUCAUAAGCAUACGGGCUACCAGAGUUAAAAAACCUUUAAAUGACUUUUUGUCAUGAACUGCCGGAUAAAUUGUCACUAAACUUGGUAUGUAACAUCCUUCUAAGGUCCUCUCCUAUAUUUGUCAGAUAGUUCCGCUUGAUUGAUUUUGGGGGCCCUUAAAACAGCUUCUUAUACAUAACUAAACUUAGUCUGUAUCAUUCAAGUAAGGUCAUCUCUCAAAUUUGUUUACAUUGUUCCGCUUGACUGAUUUUAGGAGCCGCGAAAUAUUUCUUUGUUUUACUCAACUGAUGUGACAAAACUUAAAAUGCAGGAGCAUUGAUUUGGUUAGAAACUUUCUUGUAUGAACUAACAUAAUGUUAGUUCGAACAGAUCGCAUAAAAAUAUGUAUGGUCCUAUAAUUGCUGUAUCUUUGACAUGAAUGUCUUAUAUAUUGAUUCUUAGUGGCUUAUAUUUCUGACCAUGUUAUUGAAACCUCUCAACUUGCCCUAAUAGGUUGAUUCCAGUCAUAUACUAAAACCUGUAAUAUAAUGGAAUUGAAUUUAUUAUGGAAGAUAUAUAUCUAAAUAUUUUAAAUGACGGAUGGCAUCCUGACUUUUUAUGGAAAAUUUAUUUUAUUCUUCACUGGAAUUGUUUUGUACAUACAUUAUUCUGUCUAAUAAUAAUAGUAUUCAAAAUGUGAUUCCUUUGCUGCAUUGUCAUCAUGCUACGUAAGUGAUACCAAUGACAGAAAGAUGUCUUACUGACACAGUUUAAGUGGUAUCUUCAAUGGCAUGGAGCUUAUAAGUCUAUAUUUUUGUCUUAUCUUUGCACAUUUUUUCAUAGACACAAUCGUUACAAUAUAUGAUACAUGUUUUAGAAGGAAACGCACUGUUUUCUAAAUUUUCAAGUUCUAUGUGGUUUUGUUAUAACUUUAAAAUAAAAGCUUAUCUCAGUCUUGUCAUUUGAUUAACAUUUGUUUGAAAUGUGUACAAAUUCAAACUAGAUUUUUUAAAUGUUUGCCAUUCACACAUCUAAAUUAGUAUUUUACUAUUUUCUUGAUAUCAUAAAGAGCAAUUGUUCAAGAUCUAAAACAAAAUGCAUUUCAAUGUUACAAAAUAAAAUGAAAAUGAUACAAUUUACUAUUGAAAUCAAAAAUCAAAUAUUGAUGAAACACAGUAAGACGUAUUAUUUUAUUAAUAAAUAAUAAUAUUUAUUUUGGCGCAUCAAGCUUGGUGUGUAUCCAAGGUUACCAAAUUAAAUUUGGUAUUUGGAUACACUCGGCAUUUUCCGUAUCCAGUAAUCAUUAGCAUGUGACCACUGGUCAGUCAAUAGUCGGCAUGUGUACGUAAUUUUGCUUCAAGUAGAAUGCUUAGCUUGGUCUUGCAUUGGUACAAAAUGCUGUCAAUUAUCGUAAAAAUGGAUAUUGGCGGCGAAAACCAGGAUUUCAAAGGUACCUAGAGUUAACUCUACAGUUUAUCGUAAGCACUCCUACAGAUAUGCUGCUCCUGUGUUGUGGAACUCUCUCCCAGAUGAUUUUAGAUCAUGUGCUAAUUUUAGCCAGGUUAAAACCCUUAUUCAGUCAUGGAAUGGCACAGUAUGUAAAUGUACCUUCUGCUCUAGGGGGGAGGGUUCAUAACACAGACGCAGCAUAAAGUUAAGUGCAUGCUUGGCUAAAUGUAUUCUCAAGCUUAAGUUUGCUUUUGUUCCUUUUAUAUUUGUCUUUUAGUUUUGCCGCUUUAUAUAUAUUUUUCAAGCACUGAGCUUCAUUUUGCCUUUGUAGUCUGCUUACUGCUAAAUUGUGUCUACUGUAGAUGUGUGUAGUGUGAUUUUUGUCUUCCUGAAUUUGCUGUAGCUAAAUGUUUGUUUUGUAUGUAAUUGAGACCUACUUGUGUUUGUUUCUCAAAUGUUGUAUUUCUGCUUUAGUUCAUGUUGUAUUCAUUUUGUGUUUAUUGUAAUUACACCCCUUUGACAGAACCAAAAGAACAUGUCUGUGUACCUAUUAACUUUAAUGUGAAGUACCUUGUUGCUUGCAACCCUGCCUGUCUUUUGGAAAAUCUAAUGAUAGAGCUUAUAUGUCAUGUCUGUAUGCAAAUUCUUAAUUAAACAAAGUUAAUUUUUAACCAUAAUACAAAUCUAUAUUCCUAUGUUAUUCAAUCAUGUUCAUUUUAAUGAUUAUUGAUUUACCCUAUGAAAAAGAUGCUAAUCAGGUCACUUUCAAAUCUGAUUUGAGUGAUAUUCUGAUUUUUAAGAUAUUUCUUAACUAUAGCACCUUUGCCCCAUAUUUUUGGUCAACUUGUAACUAAUUUCAUCUUUCUAAGCAGUUUUAAACCAAAUUUGGUAGGAUUAGCAUGUUUCUCAUAGAUUUUAUGUUGUAAAUUAUCCUUCUUACUUGUAGCUUACUUACUUUUGUUAACAUACACUUGCUAUAUAGUCGGUUAAAAAAAGCUCUUCAGAGCUUUUGUUA